AUGGAUAUGACUAGGUGUAACACACGCCAUUGGGUCCUAGUUACCUAUGUGGCCCUCUUCCUGGUCCUCGUGAACCCAGUUAGAUCUCACCCCGUUGGGACGUCACAAUUGGCCAAAAGUGGCAACUUCGAGGAUUUGGAAGCGGGCGGGGUAUGGCAGGCCUCUGGGAAAGAAGAAAAGACUCGAGAGGCUCAUGAAUCACAGGCUGAGCAUGGACUGCCACCAAUGCAGAUGGGAAGUACGUCGAAACGUCUUUCUCAACGAGAUCCCUCCUCCGACGAAUCAAUCGUGUCCAUUCUCGUGCCAGUCGCGCCAGCAUCAGACUAUCUUACGACAGACAAGCAAGACAUCUCAACCCCAGAAUCAAACAUCGUCCCCCAGAGACUGAAACACUACGGAGAACUUUUCAACAAUCAAGACAAAAACAGCAAUGAGCUCCUCGACCCAGAUACCGAAUCAUACUCGUCUUCGACCUUGCAAAUUUCACCUGGUCAUUACAUAUCCUUCUUCUCUUACAGAAUCUCUUUCCCAUUCUUGAAGUAUGCGCCAAAAUGUCUUCCUCGAUUCCCGUUACCAGGUAUAUUUACGACCGUCGUGCUUCUACUAGCAUUGGUAUGGAUUGCUAUUUUGACAAUUGCGUUGGUUGAACUGGGUAAUUACUUGUGGAAGAAACGGCGGGAUACAAGACUUGCCACUGAAAGUGAUAAUAUCGUGUGUGACAGCGUGUUGAGUGGCUGUGAAGAUGAGAAGGUCCCAUUGAGAGUAAUGGCGGUUCCUGGCCGUGAAGGGAUGGAAGGUUGCGCUGCAUCAUUGAUGAAUGAUUAUAAUUCGGAUUCCGGAUCGGACUCGGAGCCAGAUGCAGAAGACUAUCGUAUCUUCUGA